GGAGGAGCGGAGGCCGGAAGAGCAGGCGGUGCCCGAAGCUGGUCUAGGAUCGAGGCGCUCGCUGACCCUUCCGUGUGUUGUGCUUUCCAGAGAAGGAGGGCUGCGCCGGAGGGGAGGCUGGGCCUUGGGGCGCUUGUCCCUCACGCGCCGCUUCGGGCGAGAUGAGAUGAACAUAUGUUGUCUAUCAACUCAAAGCCUUUUGACAAAUCAAAGCUUGACAAAUCAGUGCCACCCGUACCUGAGUAAGAAAUAGAGUGCUCAUCAAGUGAACCAAAGAAACACCGGUCCCAUUGUUCCAUGGAUCCUUUGGGUGCCCCUUCGCAUUUUGUAGAUAUUGAUAGUUUGCCAGUAUGGGCUGACCAAUUGGUCACUUCUCAACCAGUUGGAGAAAAGCAAGUAGACGUCCAUUCACCUUUUCCAUGUAGGAAAGACAUCAAUGCAAAAAUAAUAUUAUGGCGGGGUGAUGUGGCAUUGCUGAACUGCACAGCCAUAGUGAACACCAGCAAUGAAGCUCUAGCAGAUAAGAAUCCAGUGUCUGAGAGUAUCUACAUGCAUGCAGGACCUGACCUUAGGGCUGAGCUACAGAAACUCAAAGGCUGUAGGACAGGGGAGGCAAAGCUGACAAAGGGAUAUAAUCUUGCUGCUCGUUUCAUAAUUCACACGGUGGGGCCAAAAUACAAAAGUCGAUACCGGACUGCAGCAGAAAGCUCCUUGUACAGCUGUUAUCGCAACAUCCUUCAACUUGCAAUGGAGCAUGCAAUUGCCUCAAUUGGAUUCUGUGUGAUAAACACUGUGAAACGAGGUUAUCCUUUGGCAGAUGCCACACACAUAGCACUGCGAACUGUGAGGCGAUUUCUUGAAGUUCAUGGAGAAGCACUUGAAAAAGUGGUGUUUGCUGUUUCUGAUGUUGAAGAGGCUGUAUAUCAGAAGAUGCUACCUCUAUAUUUUCCAAGGUCGCUAGAAGAAGAAAUUCAGUCAUUGGCUUUUCUUCCUGCUGAUAUUGGCAAUGCACAGGGAGAACCGGUGGUGCCAGAACGUCAGAUCAGAAUUAGUGAAAAGCCAGGAGUUUCAGAGGAUAAUUCAGAUGAAGAAGGACUGGAAGCAGACUUAUCCUUUAUUGGUUCCCAUGCUUUUGCUCGCAUGGAGGGAGAUGUCGAUAAACAAAGACGUCUCAUCCUACAAGGCCAGCUUUCGGAGGCAGCGUUACAAAAACAGCAUCAGAGAAAUUACAACCGCUGGCUUUGUCGAGCAAGAGCUGAAGACUUGUCUGAUAUUGCUUCUCUUAAAGCUUUAUACCAAACGGGUGUUGAUAACUGUGGCCGUACAGUGAUGGCAGUGGUUGGAAGAAAUAUUCCUGUAACUAUUAUAGACAUGGAAAAGGCUCUCUUAUACUUCAUCCAUGUGAUGGACCACAUCGUUGUAAAAGAAUAUGUCAUUGUGUAUUUCCAUACCCUCACUAAUGCCUACAAUCAUUUAGACUCUGAUUUUCUGAAGAAACUUUUUGACAUUGUCGAUUUCAAGUACAAAAGAAAUCUGAAGGCCUUGUACUUUGUCCAUCCAACAUUUCGCUCAAAGGUUUCAACAUGGUUUUUUACAACAUUUACUAUUUCAAGUCUAAAAGACAAAGUCCACCAUGUGGAAAACCUGCAACAGUUGUUCACAGCCAUUCCCCCUGAACAGAUUGACUUCCCUCCAUUUGUUCUUGAAUAUGAUACCAGGGAAAAUGGAUCAUACUACUCUUACCCAUCUUCUCCAGACCUCUGAUUAUGCAGCCCUGCCAUUCCAUUUGGUUUCCGAACUCUCUAUGACAUGCUACAUGCCAAUCCUAUAUGCACCAUGGUGGUCUGAUUCAUUUUCAGAUAUCAGAAAGUGGGCAAUCCUGCCUCUGUUAUUUUUUUACAAGGAGAAAUCUGGAAGAAUAUAAGCAAUCAGUAAACUAAAUCCAAAUGAACUGUUUCAGAUAUAUCACAUAGAAAACUUGCUAGGUGUAUAUGACAGCAAUUUUUGUAUUGCACACAUUAAAACUAUUUUUUUCAAAAGGCCCAUUGGACAUAUUUUAAUCUGACCGUGAGUGUCCUCUGCUCCCAUCCACUUUAGACCAGUUUGGAAGAAGAUUCGGUUUCCAUGCAACAGUGUUAUAUCAGAUUUAAACAUGGAAUCCUUUACUAUUGCUGCUACAUUAUGAAGAAUUCACUGUAGAAAUAUCUACAGAUUGGAUGAAGUACUCUUUAAAAUUCUAAAACAACUAUAAAUGUCAGCUUUGUAAAUUCUCCUUAGUUUUGGAUGUGGUGCUCUGCCUUUUUUUGCUGGAUGAUGAAAGAUGCAAGAGUGCUGCUGCUUUCCUGCUAAAUUGUAAAAUUGAAGCAAAUAUCA